GCAGAGAGCUCCGGUGAGGUUCGGUGAGAUUCGGGAUGCUGCGGGCGUGAACGCGAACAUCAGACGAACAUUAGCCAAUGAGAGAUCUGAGCUAAGGUGGCAUCGAACUCUCGGACCAAUCACAGCGCCGUAUUUCAGCAGUUCAAGAGCGCAUCAACAACAUCGGUUUGCACGCAGUUACGAGUGCGUGCUCUUCAACACGUUUGGAUCUCUCAAGAGUUGAACCGAAGCGCGAUAUUUCAUUGCUUUUGAACGGCAUCACCGAUUCUCAUCCAUUCAUCCACAGGUGAAGAAACAGCAGUCAUGUCAGAUACAGAUGUCCUUUCAUCAUCAUCACCUCGAGUGGAACGUGUGGAGGAUGAGUUUGAUCACUCAUAUAAGGAGAAAUCGGGCCCGAAGCCUGCCAGGUCUAUAGUGUGGAGAAACGUCAUUCUCAUGAGUUUACUGCACGCUGGAGCCGUGUACGGACUCUUCUUCAUUCCAUCUGCACGACCACUUACAUUAGUCUGGGCGUUGUUGUGUUUUGUGUUGAGCGCUCUGGGCGUCACUGCCGGUGCACACAGACUCUGGAGUCACAGAUCAUACAAAGCAACUUUGCCUCUCCGGAUCUUUCUGGCGACCUGCAACUCCAUGGCCUUUCAGAACGACAUUUACGAAUGGGCUCGUGAUCAUCGCGUUCAUCACAAAUUCUCAGAGACUGAUGCGGACCCUCACAAUGCCGUCAGGGGCUUUUUCUUCUCUCACAUCGGCUGGCUGUUGGUUCGAAAGCAUCCUGACGUCAUUGAGAAGGGAAGGAAGCUGGAGCUCAGCGAUCUGAUGGCAGAUAAAGUUGUGAUGUUUCAGAGGAGGUACUACAAACCUGUGGUGCUGUUUAUGUGUUUUAUUUUCCCUACAAUUGUACCGUGGUACCUGUGGGGUGAGUCGAUGUCGGUGGCGUUUUACGUUCCUGCAAUCCUCCGGUACACGCUCGUGUUAAAUGCCACGUGGCUGGUGAACAGCGCUGCACACAUGUGGGGGAACCGACCGUACGACAGCAACAUCAACCCCAGAGAGAACCGAUUCGUCACCUUCAGUGCUAUAGGUGAGGGCUACCAUAAUUACCACCACACGUUUCCAUACGACUACGCCACCAGCGAGUACGGCUGGAAGGUCAACCUGACCACCUGCUUCAUUGACUUGAUGUGUUUGUUGGGGUUGGCCAGUCACCGUAAGCGCGUGCCCAAAGAGCUGGUGCUCGCUCGGGCUCAGCGCACCGGAGACGGCAGUCACAGAAGCGGUUAAACGCCGACACUUUAUCCUGAAAAACUGCCAUCCCGAAGACAGAGGGACGUUCAGUCGGUCCCGUGAUGGGAUUUGACAGCGACGACGAAUCCUCUGCCGGGUUCCUAUUCCAAUGUCGGAUGCCAAAUGUUUUUCCCAGUCUCUGUUCUCAGCUUCCUUUCGACCGCAUUUCUAGAUCUUUUUGUUGUUUCGAGCUCCGAGCCCCUGAUGUUUCAGGACUCUUACAGACCGACGGCCUCCGGGUUUUUCUGUGCGUCUCAGUUGAAAUCCUACCAAAUUGAAUAGUGCAAUACUGGAGAAAUUAAAGCAAGAUAAUUCCGAUUUCCUCGAUGCACCUUACUGUAUUUGCUCUAAAGCAGAGCAAACGCUGCCCUUUUUUCAAAGUGUCCUAAUAUUUAUUUAUAAUAUUUGAAAUCCGUGUGAAUGAAUCUCGAGCGAUUGAUGGUUGCGAUGCACAUCUGGAUCACAGGCAGACAUGAAAUCUGCCUGUAAUUCUCUUUGAUACUAGGAUGGGUUUGAAUUUAAUGUCAAACUGAUAAUUUAUUUACUACCAUAGUCAUUUUAGGUGCUGAAGAUCACUGUGAGUUCAGAAAGAGAAGUGCGUCUCUGUACUGUUCACGACAGAUCCUGUAAGGAUGUUGACUCUUCGGUGUUUAAUACUGUAAAAUGUAUCGCUUGGUUUUGUGUUGUAUUUGAUUGUACAACAAAAUUCUUAAUUUUGAGCACUUACAUCUUAUAUGUCUGAAACUUCAGCGCAUGCUGAAUGAUCAGAAAACUCUUCUUUCUAAUGCCGAUAAUAAAGACGGACGACGCGUCUGUCCAAUAGAUGGUUUACAGUAUUGAGAAUAGUAUGGUGCGUUAUGAUGCCAAAACCGAUUGUUUUGCAUGCGUAGCCCGUAACAGCUGUUCACCUUUUGUGUUUCCUCAAACAUCAUGUAUUUUUAAAGACAUUGAUCCUUUGCAGAUUCAUUUGACAGGUGCUGCUUGUAUUUAAAUAGUUUAGCAUUUGAAAUCUCUUUGGAUUGUAAUAGUUUAAAGCAUUUGUAAAUACAGAGCAUUUGACUCGAUAUGACCCUGUUCCUCUCGCACUGAUGUGUGAUGGCCUUAUUUUCACUUUGACACAGAGACGUUUGUGAUAUUUUUUCAUGCUGUAGGAGGUUUGAUGAAUCUGAUAACUGAAGCUUGUACUUCUUAAAACCAAUGUGAUGUUUCUGUUUGUGAUAACAGCCUGUAUUAGUAAAUGGAUCCUUGUUUCAUAAUUGAAAAUAAAGUGACAAACAGAGCCUUUAAA